CACGUACACUCCAACGUCCAAACGCUCCAACGUACAUUCCGAGUCACAAAAGCUUUACUGCUUCACCGCCAGUUUACCUUUAUCACAUUACACCGUUGAUAUCAGGCUCUGUAAUGCAUUUCUCCCCAUUGCACCUCCUCCUAGGGCUUCUCGCCAUCGUACAUGCUGCGCCGCUCCCUGCCACCAGCGACGGCAAACACCUGACCUUGAUCACCCGAACCGACAGCUCCAAACCCCCCUUCCGCAUCGUCGUCAAACCCCUCGGAUCCACCAAACCCGCAAAACCUGACUCCACGAUACCUUCCAUCGUCAAGGGACGCAUCGCUGCCCAUCUCAAUCACGGUAGAAAGGGAGCCCCACCCGAAAGUCAAUUCCUCACCAAACCUCUUACGGUCGACGAGAUAAAGUUUUUGCCUGAUUCCGUAUGGGACGCGACUAUUCUGGUGAGGGUUGGGUCAUUUGAUUUCACGUGGUGGGAUGCGCAGGCGCAGGGGUUUAAGUGGACGGAAGAGGCUGCUGGACGGGAGUUGGGGGUCGCUCAUGAUGACUCGGUUGAGAAAGGGGAAUGGGAAGCCGGGGUACCUGUACUUUCAGGUCCAGGGGGGAAAAGCAAGGGGAUAUUACUACUGAAAUAGCAGGGAAAUCAAGGGUAGUUAGUGUAGGGUAUGCUGUUUAGUUGAGGUAUUUUGGAGGGAGGGUGGACACAGCUCCUGGUCAGAAUCGAUGAUUUUGGGGUAUAACUUGUUACGACACACAGUCUCAGAAUAUACAUCCAGAAUUAGUACUGGCAAAGGUGGCUGGAGUCUAUCCUAUUGCUCAAUUAGUAGAUACUAUAAUGGCCUGAUGGUCUAGUA